AUGGAUUUUUAUCUACCACUUCUUAAUAUAACAAAUGAUAGUAACAUACCUUCACAACAAGAUAUGAUUAAAAGAUUUUCUAAUUAUUUUCAAUAUUUUAAAUUUUGGCUAAGUAAUCAAUCCAUAAAUGUUACAUCGAAACCACUUGUUUUGACUGAAGUUGGAUAUCCAAGUUCAUUAGCUGGACUUGCUCUACCAUCAGGAAAUCCAACUGUUCAAUGUGUUGCUCUUGAUGAGAAUAAAGAAAUAUGUAAUGGUACUAUCAUAUUUUGGUGGGAUAAUCCAUCUUCUAUGGAUUAUUAUAAAGAAAAAGAUUCAAAUUAUUGGAGAUGUUCAUGGACAGUUCGUGGUAAACCAGCUGAAUGUACAAUAGCAGAAGCAUUUGAUGGAACAUGUUCCACAAAUCGAAAUGUGAGACGAUAA